GCGCAUGCGCACCCCUCCUGCUACCGCUGCCGGGGGCAGUCGGAGGGGGGGGGGAAGCCUGGUGGCGGCGCAUGCGCUGUGGCAGGCUCGCUGUGUUCACGAAUCCGUACCCAUCCUUGUAAACGGGCGGCGGAGGCGGAAUGGGGCGCGAGGCGGGGCGCGCGUGAGGCCGAGGCGGAGCCGAGCCGCCCUGCAGGCAAGCGGAAACCCGGGGAUAAAGGCAUGGGACUGGCUCAGCAAAAAGAAAUAAUGAAGCAUUCUGUGCCGAAAGUGUGUGUGGUGUGCAGAAGACAGGCCCAGCCCUGAAUGUGGUAUGGUUAAGAGCUUCAAUCUCCAUGACCCAUGUUGUUGUGUGAUGGACAGGUGACAGAUUUUUCAUUUUGUGUCAGGGAAUCAGAAUGACUGAGUGCUUCCUGCCUCCUACCAGCAGCCCCAGUGAACAUCGCAGAGUGGAACACAGUGGGGUUCUUGCCCGUACCCCCAGCUCUGAAGAAAUCAGCCCUACAAAAUUCCCUGGAUUGUACCGGACUGGUGAGCCUUCACCACCUCAUGACAACCUACAUGAGCCUCCAGAUAUAGUGUCUGAUGAUGAAAAGGAGCAUGGGAAGAAGAAAGGAAAAUUUAAGAAAAAGGAGAAAAGAACGGAAGGUUAUGCUGCCUUCCAAGAGGACAGCUCUGGUGAUGAAGCUGAAAGUCCUUCCAAGUUGAAGCGGUCCAAAGGAAUUCAUGUUUUCAAGAAACCCAGCUUUUCCAAAAAGAAAGAAAAGGAUUUUAAAGUAAAAGAAAAACCCAAAGAUGAAAAACAUAAAGAUGACAAACACAAGGAAGAAAAACAUAAAGAGAAGAAGUCAAAAGACUUAACAGCAGCAGACGUUGUAAAACAGUGGAAGGAGAAGAAAAAAAAGAAAAAGCCAACUCCAGAGCCAGAGGUACCUCAGAUGGAUGUUCCAAGUCUUAGGCCAGUGUUUGGGAUUCCUUUGGCUGAUGCAGCAGACAGGACCAUGAUGUACGAUGGCAUUCGCCUGCCAGCAGUUUUCCGUGAAUGUAUAGAUUACAUAGAGAAGUAUGGCAUGAAAUGCGAAGGCAUCUACAGAGUUUCAGGAAUAAAAUCAAAGGUGGAUGAACUAAAAGCAGCCUAUGAUCGAGAAGAAUCUCCCAACUUGGAGGAAUAUGAGCCGAAUACCAUAGCCAGCUUGCUGAAACAAUAUCUACGAGAACUGCCUGAAAACUUGCUUACCAAAGAGCUAAUGCCCCGCUUCGAAGAGGCUUGCGGGAAGAGCACAGAGGGGGAAAAAGUUCUGGAGUGCCAACGUUUGCUAAAGGAGUUGCCAGAGUGUAACCAUCUCUUAAUUUCUUGGUUGAUUGUGCACAUGGACCAUGUUAUCGCAAAGGAACUAGAAACAAAAAUGAACAUCCAGAACAUUUCUAUAGUGCUCAGCCCUACUGUUCAGAUCAGCAACCGUGUCCUGUAUGUAUUUUUUACACACGUCCAAGAGUUCUUUGGAAAUGUGACUCUAAAGCAGGUGACAAAACCCCUUCGCUGGUCUAAUAUGGCAACGAUGCCAGCACUGCCAGAAACACAGGAAAACAUUAAAGAGGAAAUCAGACGACAGGAGUUCCUUUUGAACUGUUUACAUCGAGACUUGCAGGCAGGGAUAAAAGACUUAUCCAAAGAAGAGAGAUUAUGGGAGGUACAAAGAAUUUUAACAGCUCUCAAACGGAAACUAAGAGAAGCUAAAAGACAGGAGUGUGAAACAAAGAUUGCUCAAGAAAUUGCCAGUCUUUCGAAGGAGGAUGUGUCCAAAGAGGAAAUGAAUGAAAAUGAAGAAGUUAUUAAUAUCCUACUCGCUCAGGAGAAUGAGAUCUUGACAGAACAGGAAGAGCUACUGGCGAUGGAACAGUUUCUGCGCAGACAGAUUGCCACUGAGAAGGAGGAGAUAGAACGCCUUCGAGCAGAAAUAGCUGAAAUUCAAAGUCGUCAGCAGCAUGGUAGAAGUGAAACUGAAGAAUAUUCUUCUGAGAGUGAGAGCGAGAGCGAGGAUGAGGAGGAGCUACAAAUUAUCUUGGAAGAUUUGCAAAGGCAGAAUGAGGAACUAGAGAUAAAGAACAAUCAUCUGAACCAAGCGAUUCAUGAGGAACGAGAGGCCAUCAUUGAGCUGCGAGUGCAACUUCGCCUGCUACAGAUGCAGCGAGCAAAAUCAGAGCAGCAGGUGCAGGAAGAAGAUGAGCCAGAAAAGCGUGGGGGUGUUUCUCAACAGCAAAGAGACAGUGUCCUGGAGACAAAAGCAGCUAAAGAGCAGUCAAAAGUGGUCAAGGAGCUAGUCAAGCCAUCACCAAGCAAAGACAGGAAGGAAACUCCAAUUUGAUCAGGGUCCUUGGGUAUUCAUAAAAUCAACUGGACUUAGCAAGGACUGUGCAACUUACUGUAAUUCAGAGGCUAAAACGGCACAAACCUUUGCUGGCUGUGUACAUUGUGUAAAGAAUCUUGUCUUUUAAAACCGUCGAGAUUUUUGUCUCCUCCAUAAUUAUGGAUUUUGCCUAUUAGGCUCAGGUUACUUUGGAGGACAAAGCAAUUAGAGCUUGGAGGGUGCAGAGGAGUUUUCCAGCUAGUGUCAGAUUAUUGGAGACCGAUUUGCUUCAGGUGACUUUAGAUAAUUCAGUAAUGGUUUUAUUUUAAACCAGACCAAUUAUUUGUUUUCAUCAGAGCAAAAUUGGGAGGUCUCUUCUUUCCUGUCAAUAAAAAGCAAAAACCUAUCCACAAACAUUAAUUAUUUGCCUUGUGAAUCUCUCUUCAUUCUCAUUCAUGGUCAUUUCUGCUUACCUGGUCAUUCUUUCUUGUGCCUUUGAUACCUUUCUGAUGCAGAUUAUAUACAAAGGAGCUUUAAAUUCUUUCCUGUUUGGCUAAAAUGUCUGAGACUGCAGGAGAUCAUUAUUACCUAAUAACAUCCUCAUUUUACAGUUGUAAAAUGUAUUAAAAUACAUGUCAAAUCUCACAGAUGUUAUUUAAGUAUGUCCCUGUGUGGUGGAAGGUGUUCGUCAAGAGCCAGUCAAGUCUUUUGGCAAUGUAGUGAACCCAUUUGCUAGUUUGUAAACCAGUGCUCCUCCUCAUCAUACUUGUAUAACAUAUAUGCUGUAUUCAGACUGCUAGUGCAUACAUAACUGCAGCCUUUUCUUAGUACAGAGAAAGGUCCAUUUUCAAGUGUUUUGAACUCUCAGUUCAGUUAAAACUCAGUGACUGAAGCUUUAGCAAUUAAAGAGGAUUGGUUAAGUUGUUUGCUUAGCUUAGAAUAAGUUAUCUUUGUCUAGCCAAGCAAUAUAUUGUUCCAGCUACAGAAAUUUAAGCCAUUCAUGCUUUUCAGAUAAGUCUGAUGAAAGAUGCCCAGUGGAGGGAGCAGGGUUCAGCAAUAGACAUUUUUUUCUUUAGUAACAAUAACUGUGACUUACUUUUUGACUCAGCUAUUUAGUGCUAUCAGCAAUCAAAGUUCUUCAUAAAAAUUGGCAUUGUAGGGCCAUUUUUAUGUUUCAAAUGCACUCAUUUAUAUAUGUCAAAUGAAAUGACGGUCAUGAGACUAGUCAAUAAAUAGUCAACUCAAAAAAUAUUGAAAACAACUCCACAGAGUGCUCACAGCCUAUCUUGUUUCUAGAAUCUGGAUAUUUAUUUUCAGCACCUGUUGGAUGUGGUUGUAUUCUUUCUUUAUCUAUUGCACUGUUGUGAAUCAUGGGCCAUGAUUUGAUUUUGUAUAAAUAAUGCUUUGAUAUGUUAUAGAAAACAACUUCAUAUUUUUUUAAAAUUUGGAGAACAGAAUUUAUGAAGAUUGAGAAUGUGAUUAGGUGGCAGUUGUAAAGCAUUCUCCCUUGCCUGUCUGUUACAUGCAUUUUAUAUAUGGUAGCAAUAUUUAAACGUUUUCUUUAAAUUCUCUCUAAUUUCUAUCAAAUUGUCAUAGAUUUUUCUAAUCUGUGUUCUUCAGACAAAUCUCUUAAUAUUUAACUUUUAUUUUGUUAGGACCAUAUUCAUCAAGCUAAUAAAUUCAACAGCCAUUUGAAAAUAGUUUGUAAUGUAUCUACCUCGCAGUAAAUGUCCAUCUUUUGAAAGCAGCGUAGCUCACUUUGCAUGCACAACUACCUUCCAUUGUGUGUGGGGUUUGUUUUGUAGCAAACCCAUUCCAAUUAAACUAUGAAAUCAGUUUUUUGGAUUGCUCUCCUCUAGGGACAGUUACCCUGGAAUUUCUAUUAUGAAACUCUGCUGAGGAAAAAAAACUGGUUCAAAGCUAAAAUUUAAGUCUUGUUUUAGAUCUAAUGAAAGGAAAGCAAAACAAAUAUUUAAAGGUCUGUGGUUUUCAAGACCCUAAUUUUACUGCUGUAACUGAAAACGUGAACUAAAAGAUUUACUUUUUGAAAUGUGAAUUCAGGCACUCAGUUCUGUUUCUCCUGCCGUUACCAACCAGCUGCACCACCUACACUGCUUUAGGUGUUUGGGUUGUCACCAGCCCCUCUAGCAAUAGGACUGAACACAGCUCUUUGCGAGUAAGUUCAUCUCUUGUUUCUGUAAUAAUGUAAUUUGGUUGAUCCAUCUUAUGUUAAAAAUUUUAGUUAUGAAAGUUUCUGGAAAAAAAUUCAAUUCUCUUGAAAAAACAAUUAAAUCAGAUUAUAUCCAUGUUGCUAAUUCAUAAUAGACCUUUUUUAAUAUAAAUCUGAGGAGCGGAGCUACUGUGCUUGAGUUUUUGGUGUGUGGAGUUAUGUAUUCAGUUCUUAGUAACACUGUUGUUGGGUUUUUCAUCCAUCAGUUUACGUCCAGACAGGAUACACUAAGAGGCCACUUGUACUUUGUCUGAGAUCAAGUAAGUCUUAAUGAAAGCAGUGUUAGAUCAAAUACGUAUCUUGCACAUGUAAUGAGUUAGUGAUCUCUUUGAAGGAGCCAUUAUACAGUUAAAAGAGCUGAUCACUUUUAAUUGGACAGUAAAUAUAACUAUAAAAGUAAUUUCAGUGGUCUGAUAUUUUACACUACCCAGCUCACUUAUAAGAAGAGCAUCCCAAGGUGCCUUACAAUAAAACUAGCAAGCCCUGCUGUACAAUAAAGCUCAGCUGGAGGUAUAAUUAAAGGGAGUGUUGCCCCUAAUCCUGAACUUCCCUGAUCAUCCAAGAAAAUGCACUGAAAUUUGUCAUUUAAAAUAGAAAGGAAACCAGAGUAUAAGGACCUAGCUGGCCUACUAAGUGGGAAACUUGGAUAAACAACCACUCUAACAAAUCAAAAUGGACAAGUAGUAGCAGGAGGAGAGCUGGCAUAUAGAGUACAUUACAUCCAUUUAAUUUGCUUGCUAUCAUACUAUGGCUAUGGAUCAUACCUGGCAGUAUUGUUCAAAUGAGGAAUGCAAUAGCAUUACUGGGCAUUUAUGCCCUGGCAGAAUCAGCAGACAAGAUAUCAGACCCAGCAAAUUGAAACCAGACUUCAUUUUGUUAUGCCUUUGUGGGUCAGACUCAAACAAUGCAUGUAAUAAAUAGCUAGUCAUAAUUGGACAUGAUGGCUUGAGCACCGAUUGUAUCAGUAAUAAUGAAUCUGUUGUGUGUGUUGACUAGAUUUAACUUGGCCCAUUGUUCUAAUCUUAUGAAUAUAAACAUGUACACCGGUAACCUGUUGUGUAAAUUCCUAAUGCUAGCUCUCACUGAAUACUGCAGAAGGGUGGCACUUCCGGGCCACACCUAAUUAACUAUUCUUUAAUCCAAUUUAAAAGCUUGUGCCCACACCAUGAAGUACUUUAGUUGACCGUACCAGCAUGUGCCUGGAGUAGCUUCUGUUGAAUUACUCCAUUUACAAGCCAUUUCAAAACGAACUCUCAAAAGGCCAGCUAAACAGUCAUACACCCAAGUGAGUAAAACUCUUUAUAACAAAAUUAAAUUAAUUGUGGGGAGAAAACCAAUGUAAAGCAGCAGGCUGUUAUGUGCAUCUGAAGUGGGAAGUUUUGAAGGCUGUUACCCUCCUAUUUAUUGAAAUUCUGCAACUGUAUGGAGCUAUUUUAGACAACUAUUUUUAAUGCAAAUCUUUUUCCAAUAAAGUGUUUGUACCCUGAGAA